GUUGAGAUGGGUUGGUUGAUAAGAGAGAGAAGAGGGUUAAGUUGGAGAGACCAAACAAUAGAAUCAGCAUCAACACCUCCCAUUCCAUUGAUAGCUUUCUUUGGGCUGGUAAUUUUGUUGAUGUAUUUGGCGAGCUACUCAGAGUCUAAGGCACAUGAGCAACGUUCCAAGAAUAGUAUGAGGCUGCUACUUUUCUUGUUGCCUAUGCUGGUUGUUCUCAUGGUAUACGCCAUGCUUGUUAAUAACAGGUGGUUUUCUCCGGACCCCACUGGGGGUCCGAGGCCGGUGUUGUACGAGUCCAUGCGCCAAGAAGGAAGCCCUCCCUGGGGUCCCGCCUUGCUGGUGGUGUUGCUUCUGCUGAUAGUUCACUAUCAAAAUUCAUAACAGUCUAGCUUGUUUCGUCCAAUUUAA